GGAAGUGUAUGAGUUUCGUGUAGGAAAAAAGUUCUCACGGUUGUUUUCAUGCCAGUGUAUAAAAGUUAGGUUUCAGUCGUUUGUCAACUCUCAUGAGAUUGUGUUGAAGCCGUUUGAAGACACAACAGCGACUAUUACCUCUGAAGGAUGAGGGGUGAACCAGGCGCAGUUCAGAUUGUCACAGUGUGUAAGGAGGAUCACUCCUUUGAGUUGAACACGGAGGCUUUGGCUAAGGUUCUGUUGGCUCCUGAGGUCCGAGACAAACAUGUGGUGGUGCUUUCAGUGGCUGGAGCCUUCAGAAAGGGAAAGAGCUUCCUGCUUGAUUUCAUGCUCCGUUACAUGUACAGAAAGGGGGAUGAAGACUGGCUGGGUCAGGAUGAUGAGCCGCUGACUGGAUUUUCUUGGAGAGGUGGUUCGGAACCAGAGACAACGGGCAUCCAGCUGUGGAGUGAAGUUUUCCUCGUCGAAAAGAGUGAUGGUACAGAGGUGGCUGUGGUGUUGAUGGACACUCAAGGAGCAUUUGAUAAUCAGUCCACCGUGAAGGACUGUGCCACCAUCUUUGCCCUCAGCACCAUGACCAGCUCAAUGCAGAUCUACAAUCUGUCACAGAACAUUCAAGAGGACGAUCUGCAGCAGCUACAGCUGUUCACGGAGUAUGGUCGUCUUGCUAUGGAUGAAAUCUUUCAGAAACCCUUCCAGUCUUUGAUGUUUCUGAUCAGGGAUUGGAGCUUUCCCUAUGAAUACACCUACGGGUUUAAAGGAGGGAAUGAAUUCCUCGAUAAACGGUUACAGGUUAAGGAGGCCCAACACGAGGAGCUGCAAACAGUGAGGGAGCACAUCCAUUCAUGCUUCACCAAAAUUUCCUGCUUCUUGUUACCACACCCUGGGUUGAAGGUUGCCACCAGCCCUGCAUUUCAGGGACAACUUAGUGAUGUGGCCCCAGAUUUCAAAGAACAGCUGGCGAGUCUGAUUCCUAAACUGCUGCAUCCAGAUCGUCUGGCUGAGAAAGAAAUAAAUGGAAACAAAGUCACCUGCAUGGGCCUGCUUGAGUUCUUCAAGGCUUACAUCAAGAUUUACCAGGGAGAAGACUUGCCACAGCCAAAGACUAUGCUCAUGGCUACAGCAGAGGCCAACAACCUGGCAGCUGUGGCAACAGCCAAAGAUCAGUAUUACAAGAACAUGGAGAAGGUGUGUGGGGGAGACCUGCCUUAUGUGUCUCCUGACUCUCUGGAGGAAAAGCAUCAAUUUUACUUCCGAGAGGCUCUCCAUGCCUUCUCGUCCACAAAGAAGAUGGGUGGACAGGAGUUUUGUGAUCGUUACCAAGCACAGCUGGAAAAGGAGCUGGAGGAAAUGUGGCAGUCUUUCAGCAAGCACAAUGAGUCAAAAAAUCUCUUCAGCGCCUUCCGGACACCUGCAGUGCUGUUUGUCCUGGUGUGCCUCCUCUACGUUCUGUCAGGCGUGUUGCUCUUUGUUGGCCUAUCUACCUUCGCCUUGGUGUGUGACUGUACUCUGGGCGUGGUCAUGGUGGCCAUGCUGACAUGGGCCUUCAUCCGCUACUCUGGUCGGUACCAUUCUGUAGGAGGAGCCAUCGACCAGGCUGCAGGUGUUGUCCUGGAGCAGGCCACUGUUGUGUUGAACAAGUCGAGAGGGACAAGCACUGGUGACAAGAAGAAAUCCAGUUAGAGGACCUCUGAACCUUCAUAAUCUCGAUGCAAUGCAACCAGCACACAACACAAGCACACAGUCAGCACUAAAGCCUUAUCAUGCCACUCACUGGAACAAACGUGCAGCUAAACCACAUUGGCUCAAGGUACAAAUAUGAUGCCAAUUCACCAGCAUCUCUUAUUAUGCACGUUACUCUGCCUAUGAAAGUCCAGACUUAUAUAAAGGUGACUGGAUUCAUUGAGGAAGGGAAUUAAACCAUCCCAGUUCCUCUCAUCCAUACUUCAAAAAUUGAUACUGCCAUCAUUUUACAAUUUUACAUUUGGUCUAAAUGGACAAGUCAAUGUUUACUUUUAAACAAAAAAAACACUUUUUUUCUAUCUCAGCUAAAUACAUCUUAUGUGGCUGUAUAUUGUUCAGACAGGGGUAGUCAGGUGCUUUUCAAACAAAGCUUUUGCAGUAUAUCUUUAAAAAUGGCUUUAAAGCUUAUACAUUUAUACAUAUUUCUUUGUCACUAUAUUUUUUUUACUUAUUGGCCUUAAACAUUCCAUUAAGUUUGUAGAUUUGCUUUAUAUUUGAUAUAAACUAGCAUUACCUACAUUGAAAGAAGAGGAUACGCACUUUGUAUUUAGCCCAGCAGAUUUUGGAAGCUGCAUGUAAUGGGAGUUCAGUUGUUUCAAGUGCUUUGCCAUUUAUUCCUUGACAGAAACAUGUUAGACUUUGUAGAUUUUGAUACUAUAUAAUAGAUUCUUUGAGAUAAAUUAUAUAUAGGAACUUAUAUUCUGCAAAACUUUCCAACUCCAAAGAUAAGAGAUUUUUGUAAUACUUAAAGGUGUUGACCGACCAACAUAAUAAAACUAGCAACCAGUCAGCCAAAGAGACCACUUGUGUUGGAAUUAUACUUUGGCCUUGUCACUUCAGACAUCAGUAAAUAUAAGCUAAAAUAUAGCCUGUAAACAAGAGUUUUAUUAAAAGUUUAGAAAUGCCAAAAAAAAAAAUUCUCAAUCAUUGCAAUUGCCGAACACAUAUGGAACAAAUAACAAGCAGAAUAUUCAAAUAGACCAAAAUAUGAAAGAAACAAGCAGUAGAGCCCUACAGUAAAUGGGACUGUGCGCCUUUCCCCCUAUGCUUUUUGUACCCGCACCUCAGUUUUCAAAAAGUAUACAGCACUUGGAUGGAUUAUUUUCAAAUUUGGUUGUUGUCAAAAAUCCCUAACAUGCUGUCAUGUUAGUAUGUUCGCAUCUGAGAAAUUAUUUUCUGAUGUAAUUUUUUUAGCAACCUGUGCAAAAACACUAGUAUGUGAGCAACACUACUGAUGCAGUAUAUAAAGUUCACAUUGUUGAUCUUGCUUCAAGCAAAAGGGAUAUUACAACUUUUUCACAGUUAAAACUUUGUCAGAGUAAAACUUGUUUUCGGUAAAAUAGUGAUUAUACAUGGUGAUCAGUCCAGCCUGAAAGCAUUGAAUGCUGGGGUCAAAACUUUGCUUCAAAUGACUGAUAGGAAAAUUAAAUAAUAUUAAGGAAAGGAAAAAUGACAAAUUUGUACCAACUUGUUUCCUAGGGGCUUGUUUACAUGCAGCCAUUUAACCAAUCAAUCAAAGGUAUUUUUCAAAAAUCAGCCAUAGAGAGAAUUAAAAAGGUGGAGUACACAGUGGAUUUAUUAGGUUUUAUUUUUCCAUUGUGGGGCCAAGCAGGGCAUCUCAGGCCAACUCAGAAUGAAUCAGGUAUUGGAUUAAAGGACUCUGAUUAUUUGCAACCAUGCCCUACAUCUCUGAAUAUGAUAAAAUGCAGGUUCUUUCAGAAACAUUGGAUUAGAGAAGUGGAAUGGCAAAUAUUUAGUAUUGUUAAACAGGUCUUUGAAAAUCCCACACGAUUGUGUGAUCUGAGACCAAAAGUAGAAUCCUGUUGACUGUCAUGCUAUUCUACAUAGUGAUCUUCAACAGCUAAUAUAUUUUCUGUGCUCGAAUACAGAGUGGAGACAAAAGCUGAUUGACAGUGCUUUAAUCACUCGGUAAUUCCAUGUUACUAUAGAAGAAUAAAGGGCCAAAAGUGACCAUACAAAUGUGGAGGAUGAGAGACUUGGAAAUUCUCAGUCCAUGGUUUUUGACCAUCAUUUUGCACAUUCCAUGUCCCUUUUCCACAAGAGAAGGAAACUUCAAGAUGUUUUACAAGCACAUGCUAUUGCACUUACCCUUCUCUCUCUUUGGUGCUUUUUGCACAGUGUUCAUUCCAAAAGUAAAUAAAUGCAUGCUAUAUUGGAGCAACGGCUAUUGUAAUCAUCUCUUGCAGGGGUAUGGUGGCCUUGACUUGAGAAAUGCUGUUUUAUAAAGAAUAAACGCUUGAAACUGUCA